AUGAGAACAAGAGACCCAGAUCUGAAGAAACUCUUAUUUAUUGUGUGCUUAGUAAUCUAUGUGAUCACACUGGCAGGUAACACGCUCAUCUCAGUCACCAUCUUCAUCAGCCCGGCCCUGGCUACUCCCAUGUACUUUUUUCUGUCCUACUUGUCCAUCAUAGAUGGUUUCUACUCUUCUUCCAUAGCACCCAAAAUGAUCUACGACCUGAUCUCUGAGAGGAGCAGCAUAUCCUUCAAUGGCUGCAUGACCCAGCUUUUUGCUGAGCAUUUUUUUGCAGGAGCUGAAAUCAUCUUGCUGAUUGCCAUGGCCUAUGAUCGUUAUGUAGCCAUCUGCAAGCCAUUGCACUAUAUGACCAUCAUGAACCGUUCUGUGUGUGUUUCCUUGGUGGUAGCAGCUGGAAUUGUGGGAUUUGUUCAUGGAAUGAUACAGACUACUUUUAUAGCCCCGUUACCCUUCUGUGGCCCCAAUAUCAUUAAUCAUUUUAUAUGUGAUUUAAUACCCAUUCUGGAGUUGGCCUGCAUUGACACUCACACUCUAGGGCCCCUUAUUGCUGCCAACAGUGGGUCAAUGUGCUUAAUCAUUUUCUGUUUACUUAUUGUUUCUUAUAUAGUUAUCCUUCACUCCCUGAGGAAACACAGUUCAGAAGGACGUCACAAAGCCCUGUCUACCUGUGCUUCUCAUGUCUCUGUUGUUUUCUUAUUCUUUGUACCUUGCUCAUACUUGUAUGUAAGACCAAUGACCUCCUUUCCUAUUGACAAAAUUGUGAGUGUGUUUUACACCCUAGUGACACCUCUGUUGAACCCUUUAAUCUAUACCCUCAGAAAUGAAGAUGUCAAGAAAGUUAUUAAGAAACUCCUGGGUCAAAUAAAGACACAUUAUGGUUAAAGAAGUCUAGUAAUUUUCUAUAUUUAUAUAGUAAUAUCUAGAAAUAUUUCAUAUAAAUUUAUUUGCCCUAAGUGACUUUAAUUGAUAAUGUCUAUUAUACUCUGCAUCAGAAUUUACAAAUGGAUGAUUUCUGUACUAAAGAAAUAGGAACAGUGUAAUAAUACAUGUAGAUAAUGUAUA